AUUAUCUUAAAAAAACACUAAAAAAACUUUUAGUUAUUUAUCAGAGUUGUUAGCAAACAAAUUUUUAUUUUAGCAAGAAAAUCAUUUUUGAUUGAAAUAAAAAUGAGCGAGGAUGAAUCUGAUGGAUUAAAUUUCGAUGAAGAUGAAAACUCCCCCAAAUUUAAGCCAUAAGCUUCUAUUGAACAAGAUGAUAAACCUGAAUUUUUGUCAUAACCUUCAGAUAGUGAAAGCAAUUAAAACAUAAAAUCAAAUAAUUAAAAAGUGAAUAAAUAGCAAAAAAGUGCAUCAAAAGCAAAUAAAUUCUCUGAUGAUGAUGAUGCAGAACUUUCUGAUAUAUUCGAUAGUGACGAUGAUGAUGAUAGCAAUAAGAAACCAUAAAAAUAGAAGCAAAUUCAUAAAGAUAAAUAAAAUGAUGUUAAAAAAAUCUAAGAACGUAAGACAAUGUAGUAAGUAAGAGAAAGGCAUGACAAUAGUGGAGAAAAAAAAAGAUCAACUAUGUAGUAAAGAAAUUAGAAUUCAGCAACAAAAAAAUAAUAAAAAACUAGCAGCAAUAAUAGCAAUUAUCAAAGUAAUAAAAAAAGUGAAGGCCCUUCUUCUGCACCUUAAAAUGUUGUUAUUGAUAAAGUAACUAAUUAGAGAGUAACAGAGCAAUAAAAAACUAUUCAAUCAGGAUAUGAAAAGAAGGAAGCGCUAACUGUUCUCACUCGUUCAGUUCUUGAAACUGCGGAAUUACGUAACUUUCAUAACUGGAUUAAGAGUGUGAUUAUUAAGAAGUAUUCUGAUGAUAUGAAGCAAAUUAUUAAAAAAAAAGAAGAUCUCCGUACAGAAACAGGUUAGCUUUUCGUCAUGGAAAUUGCAUGUGGUUAGGGUGGUGAUUUGAAGAAAUGGCUUCAUGCUGAUAUAGGCUUGUAUGUGGGUGUUGAUAUUUCUUUUAAUUCUUUAAAAGAAGCUUCUCGUAGAACUAAAGAUAUUAUGGAAAAGUUACCUCCACACUGGAAUUACAAAAAAUUUAAGUAUGGAUUUUACUAAAAAGAUGGUUCAGCAUCUACUGAUGAGUUUUGGAAACACAUUCACGAUAAAGAUAAAGAUUAAGAUAAAUCCAAGAGGUUUUUCUUUGAUAUAGUAAGUUGCCAGAUGGCUAUGCAUUACAUGUUUGGCAGUGAACAGCAUGCUAGAAACUUCUUUUCUAAUGCCACUUAGAGACUAAAUGACUAAGGCUAUCUGCUUGUUACUUGCUCUGAUUCAAAUGCAAUUGUAAAAAAAAUGCGUUCUAGAGGUAAGCUUGACUCUACUAACAACAAAUAUACCUUUGGAAACAAAUACUUCUCUAUGGCAUUUGAGAAUUUGAAUUUUCCUGUCGGAAAACCUUACGGUUUAAAAUAUGAAUUUUAUCUACAAGAUGCAGUUGGUGAAAAAGAUGAAGCAACUGGAUAAAUUAAAUACACUCCUGAAUACCUUGUUGAAUUGAAUAAUCUUAACAAAUUAGCUAUGGAAUAUUCAUUAGUUGUUAAAGAAAACCUUAACUUCAUAGAAUUCUAUAAAAAUUACAGAAAUAAAUACGGAUACCUUUUUAAAUCUAUGGGUUUGGAUAAGUUUACUAAUGAUCAUCCUUCAAUCGAUCCAGAGCUUUGGGAAAUCUCUCACUGCUAUAGAGUAAUCGUUUUCUAAAAGGUAGAUCUUGCUAACAGAGAUAAUAAGAAAUACUAAUUUAUACGUAAUCCUAACAUCAAAUAGCUAGCAUAAGAUCCUAUACCAAUAAAUUAUGUACCCUCAGCACCUGAAAAACGUCCUUUCAAACACUGA